GGAUCCUCCCGCUGUUUUCAUGAGACCCGGAAAAAAAGCCAAAACGAGGAAGUGCUGACGCACCGGGCCGCACAGAUACACCCCGAGGCUAACCACUCGGACGGCCAACAGCUCUGGGACGAGGACCAGACCGGAAAUGGUGGUUUCCAUGGCAACGCCUGAGCGGGUUGCCUGGGAGAUGACCCCUUUUGGUCUCUUUGAAUCUUAGCUGUAGCAUUACCUCGAAGUAGGAUCGAACAUCCUGGACUGUCUCCUGCCAUGAUUCCCGGGAAAUACCGUUCCGUUUCUGGCCGAGCUGCAAACAAUGUGAACUGCGGACUUCAUCUGGUUAUUCAAACGUCGUCACUUUCUGACAAAAAUAAAGUUGAAUUCAAGCUUAAUAGAGAAACACCAUCAUUUCCUGGCAGACUGUUGCAGCAUGACCUAGAGAGAAACUACUCCAGUAGGCAAGGAGAUGGAAGAGUAAUAAGUCCGUCGCCUCGUAAUAAGUCAUCAUGCAUCUCAUCCCCAACAAACGUGACAGAACUCUGUGGGCUGGACAUGAGAACUGCCACAAGCUCCCUGUCAGCAUUCGGAGACUCUUCCAUUCAGACACCUUCAAAGCCCAGAAUCCGGCAGGGCUGUCAUAGUGCUGGCCCUAAUGUAUCUGGUGAUCAUAUUAAUCUGGUGAGCUCAUCAAUGCCAUCAUUUCCUAUUCUCCAGCGUUCCUCUGAAGAGAAAAUUCUUUACUCAGACAGGCUGACCCUGGAAAGACAGAAGUUGACUGUGUGUCCUAUCAUCGAUGGAGAAGAACACCUUCGUUUAUUGAAUUUUCAGCACAAUUUUAUAACUCGGAUCCAGAAUAUUUCUAAUCUACAGAGGUUAAUAUUCUUGGACUUGUAUGAUAACCAGAUUGAAGAAAUCAGUGGGCUUUCCACUCUGAGGUCUCUCCGUGUCCUUCUGUUAGGGAAAAACAGAAUCAAGAAAAUCUCAAAUCUGGAGAAUUUAAAAAAUUUAGAUGUUUUGGACCUCCAUGGAAAUCAGAUAACCAAGAUUGAAAAUGUCAAUCAUUUGUGUGAUUUGAGAGUUUUAAACCUUGCCAGGAACCUCUUGAGUCAUGUUGACAAUCUCAACGGUCUGGAUUCUCUGACUGAACUUAACCUUCGACACAAUCAGAUCACUUCUGUGAGAGAUGUGGAUAAUUUGCCCUGCCUCCAACGCCUCUUUCUCAGCUUCAACAAUAUAUCUAGCUUUGACAGUGUUUCCUGCCUUGCUGAGUCAACGUCCCUCUCAGACAUCACCUUUGAUGGCAAUCCAAUAGCUCAAGAGUCAUGGUACAAACACACGGUCCUUCAGAAUAUGAUGCAGCUGCGCCAGCUAGACAUGAAGAGAAUCACGGAAGAAGAAAGACGUGUGGCAUCUGUUGUAGCCAAAAAAGAGGAGGAGAAGAAGAGGGAAAGUCAUAAGCAGUCUUUGCUGAAGGAGAAGAAAAGGCUAACAAUUAACAAUGUCGCUCGAAAGUGGGACUUGCAGCAACGAGUAGCCAAUCUUGCCACCACCCAGGACAGAAAGGACUUCGAGUCCCCUCUGCAGGAACCCUGUCAGAUCGAUGGAAGCGCCACCAUCUCUGCAUUUCCAGAGGAAACAGGGUCUCUAGACCCAGGGCUCAGCAGUGCGUUACAAGGCUUGUCGGUCACAGACACACACUUGGUGGAGAUAGAAGGGGAAACCCUUUCCCUGUACGGCUCAGGGGCACUGGAAUGCCUGGACAGGAACUGGAGUGUUCAAACAGCCAGCAUGGUCACCACCGUCUCUUUCACAUUCAUCGAGUUUGAUGAAAUUGUCCAAGUGCUUCCCAAACUGAAGAUGAAGUUUCCAAAUUCUCUGGUAAACGCUUUCCUUUGGAAGUUCUUUGAAUUGUUCUUCACUGUGCCUUGUGUGCUCAGGCCAAAGCUUGAUUCAGCUUCAGUUUCUGUAGUUUUUUUAUGUGCUGAUCUCUGGCACUGGAAUUUAAAUUACUUCCAUAAAUGCCCUUGCAGGUUUGUGUUAAUAUUAGAAACUGUAUCUCUAAAAACAAUCCUUGAUGCAGUAGAAAAGACCAAUGGAAUUGUGACACAAAAUGAUAUGAUAAUGGCUGAGCGGCUCUUUGGAAUCCUGGCCCAUGUGGCAUCUUCCGAGUUGCCUCAGUACCGCAUGAUCUCAAUUCUGGGAGAUGCCAGUCUGGGCUGCAGUGUGACGUUCUGUGUCUGUCUCUGUACUAGAGAGAAACGCAAAGUCUGCGAGAUAAAGGACAAGAAGAAGUUCUGCAAGAUGUAUGUGGAAGACCUCGUGAAGGAAGCCACAGCAAUCAACAUGAAAAACGAGGCUCUGCAGAAGCUGUGGCCGCAGAUGUUCAUUGAGCUGGUCAGAGACGCCGUCAUAGAAAUCCGCAGCAAGGAUUCCUACAUGAAGCUCUGCCUGCAGCAGAUCACUGACCAGAAAUAGGGAUGGCUCCUACUUCUGGUCGAUUCGAGCAAUUUUUUAAAGUUUGGCAAGAUGCAGGUUAGGCAUGUUGAGACAACACCACUGUCCCACAGACUAGAAAGGGUGGCAUCAAAGCCUUGCUGCCCACACUGGCAAGAAAGGAGGAAGGCAGGAGAGAGGGAAGACUUUUCCUCUGCAUACUGACCACACACACUUGGGAAACCAAGUGGCCAUGGGAGGAGGCCUGUCUGCUGGGUCAGAAUGCUUCUUCACCUCCUGCUCUGACUGGUGCACCUGCUCCAGCCCCAAGCACGCAGUGUGUGCUGCCAGGCUAGCAUGACUUGCUUCUUCCAACCUCCAGCCGAGACUUUUCCCCUUUUUUUGCCUUUUUAUUUUAUGUCAUGAUUUCAAAGCCAAGCAUAUGUUCUUUUUUAUGAGUGAAGAAUAAAUACAUUAGUUAAAAAAAACCAA